CCACGCACUGCUGGAGAGGGAGGCGCAGCCAGACGCUUGCUCGUGCGAUUCUCUCACAGCAGAGACCAAAAUGCCUUUCUUCAACAACAUCUACUACCCAUACCAGCCGGACUGCCAGGGUGCCCAAACAUCUGUCGGAAUACCCUCGUUGCUGAGCUCUCCACAAAGCCAGCGAUCCAGCAACAACAGCCACCACACGGGCUCCGUGGCUGCCAUGUCAACCUCCGCGCACUCCUCAUCUGCCGUCUCGCUACCACCUUUUCGCUUCCGGACGCGGCGCGAGAAUGUGGACUGGCGUCGCAUCAGCGCUCUAGACGUGGACCGUGUGGCCAGCGAGCUGGACUUCCAGACGUUGCAGGACCACAUAACCGGCGUGACCUUCUGCAGCGUGGACGCAGAACGGUGUCAGCGCUGCCAGGCGCCGGUGGACGCCUCGCUGCUGAAGCUUUUCCGCCUGUCACAGCUGACCGUGGAGUACCUGCUUCACUCCCAGGACUACCUCAGCCUCAGUCUGCAGGCAGCGGAGGAGAGGGUCCAGGCAGAGCAGCGGGAGAAAGAGCAGAUGCAAGUGGCGUUUGAGAAGCGUGACGCUGAGCUGAAGAGCCUGAAAGAUGAACUGAAGCAGAGGAAGAAGAUCAUCACCUCGCAGCAGGUCAUGAUCAGCUCGGGCAUGGCAAGCUAUCACAAGUGCCAGUUGUGUGAUAAAGCCUUCAUGAACGCCACGUUUCUACACAGCCACAUGCAGCGCCGACAUCAUGAGGACUAUGACAUCAAACUACUGUCGGAAGCUCAGAAGAAGGUGCAGUCUGUGCGUUUCCAGGAGGAGAUUGAGAAGCUGAAGGAGCAGCUGUCACUGACGCGAUCUCAGCUGGAGACCCAACAGCAGCAGCAAGCCUGUAUGGCCAGGAGCAGCCAGGAGCCGGAUCUGAGUGAAAGGCAGGAGGAGCUGAAGCGUGAGCUGGAGAGGUGGAGGGUGGAGGAGAGGGUGGCCAUGAGCAGACAGAUAGAGGAGAUCAAGGAGAGCUGCCAGCGAGACGUCAACUCACUCUACCACAAGAACUCCAUGUUGGAGAAGGAACUGAUGAAAGUGCAGGAGACCAAUCGUGUUCUGGUGGCCAAGAUGGAAGAGGAGCAGGACUCUUGGAAGAAGAGGACCCCAGAGCCCGGCCCGAGUGAUGGGGACAAUCACAAGCAUCAUGCUGAGGAGACCAGGCACCAGCAGGAGAUCCUCAGGCUGGAGCAUCUGCUACAGGCCCAGGAAGAGAAAUGGACAGCCAAAUUGCUUAAAGUCCAGAAGGAAAACGAUACGGUGAAGAAACAGCUGAGGGAGGACCUGCAGCACUUACAGCAGAAAUCGUCCCGUGAGCAAACCCAGCCGCACAGACAGACGGAACAGACGGUGAAGGAGGGAAACGGCCUUCACUAUCAGCUGCCGCAGACGAACCUGGUGUCUUCAAAACCAUCUACAGUUGUCAAGGAGUCUCCAGCCCCUAUCCCAGAACCCAAGGCCAAACCAGUCGUGCAUGACCCCCCUCACCUGCUCAAUAAACUGGAGCCCAUAGUGGAACUCUCUGAGGAGGACAAAGACUCCUCAAGUAUAUCAGAGAAGAGGCCGUUGGUGGUGCGUGAGGUCCAGGAGAGGGUGAAGGCGUUCCUGAAGAACCCAGGAGCUCGGAGGGAGGUGAGGGAGGUGGUGGAGCAGACACUGGCGGACCAGCUGCACUCUCUGGGUGUCAGACCGGAGUCCCAGGGCCUGUGUACAGGGGAGUUUGAACGCUUGAUGACGGCGGUCCAGGAGAAGAGGAGGCAGCAGCAGGCCAAGGGCAGCCCUGGUGGGCGGGGCCUGAGGACAGAGCUCUCCCGCAGCCUGGAGCGGAGGGUGAAGGACAGGCUGGCCGGCUGCAGCUCUGCCCCCGAGAAACGCAGGAGGACCAGAGAUCCUCCAGUGGCCAUGCCCAGGGCCUUGUCCAACAGCCUUCCGUCCAGAGGCGUCCGACUGGUGUCAGAAAGCCCACCCACCCAACUGAGGACACCACAGGCACCCCAGCAGAACAGCCGCACCAAGCCCCAACCCAGCACCUCCACCCCCAAAAUUUAUCCAUCGAGUUCAGAUGAUGAUGAUGAUGAUGAUUCAGAAAAAGUAUUGGCUCCUCAGCCUCUGAAACGGUCCUGGCCUAGAAACGAGCCUGUGCCUCUCCCUAGGCCCACCAUCCCACAGGUGGUGGUCUGCAGAGAGAAGCCCGCUACUGCGGUGGACAGCGAUGGAACGUGGACAGAAGGCAGCGAACUGGAAGAGAUCGAGCCUAAGCAGCUACAGAAUUCCUGUCCAGUCAACCAGAAAACACAUGAGAAGAGGACGCAAGGUCACCAGGUGAAAGACCUAACCAGGAGCCUUGAGAAUCAGCUGGCUAGCCAGGGACCACCCAAACUGGCAGGGAGUGUCAACACCUUGUACACCUCUAAAAUCAUUGGGGCAACUACUCCCAAAACAUUGGACCAAGUGGAACAGCCUAAGCACACUGUGAAGGAUGACAAGAAGGGCAAUAAGGAAAAUCACAGCAAUAAUACUAACGAUGAGGAUGAUGACGACUGGGACAUCUCGUCUCUGGACGAGGCCUCCAAGCCCACCUCCACCCUUACCCCCCUGCAGAAGACGCUGGAGUCCACCAGCACCAGCGUGUGGGGGCCCUCUACUGGACACAGCGCCAAACCCGGACUAACUGAAGCUGGAACAGCGAGUACACUGAAGAGCAGCCUGCUGUCCUUUAGUGACUGGAGUAGUUCUGAGGACUAAUAGCUUUUAUUUCUUACAAAAACAAAACAUAAUUAUGAAAUAUGAUUUUAAUUUUCAAGCUCUCCACCACCCAAUCACUGACUGAAUAAAAAAAAUUAAUAUUUGUAUUUUAGGUACAGUUUGGUAUUUAAAGGUGCGGUUGUGUGGACAUAUAGAUUUUAUUUCUUUAAAAUCAUGAAAUAUUAUCAUCCUUUAGCUCCCCACCACUGAAACAUUGACUGAAUUAAAAUUGUAAUAUUUGUAUUUGG